AUUCAGCAUCCUUGCCUGCUCAGAACUAUAGCACAGUAUCUGAAUUCAUCCUCCUUGGCUUCUCCCCCUUCCCCCAGCAUCUCCUGCCUGCCUUCUUCCUGCUGUUCCUGCAGAUGUACCUGUUCACACUGCUGGGGAACCUGCUCAUCAUGGCCACCAUCGGGAGCGAGUGCAUCCUCCACACACCCAUGUACCUCUUCCUGUGCACCCUCUCCAUCUCUGAGAUUCUCACUGUUGCCGUCACCCCUCACAUGCUGGUCGACCUGCUCUCCACCCAUCACUCCAUCACCUUUGUGGCCUGUGUCAGCCAGAUGUUCUUCUCCUUCAUGUUUGGCUUCACCCAUUCCUCCCUGCUCAUGAUCAUGGGCUACAACCGCUAUGUGGCCAUCUGCCGCUCCCUGCGCUACAAUGUGCUCUUUUGUCCCCGUGACUGUGCCCAUCUUGUGUCCUGGUCCUAUGCUGGUGGCACAGUCAUGGGGAUGAUGGUGACAUUGAUAGUUUUUCACCUCACCUUCUGUGGGUCUAAUGUGAUCCAUCAUUUUCUCUGCCACGUGCUUUCCCUCUUGAAGUUGGCCUGUGGGAAUGAGACAUCCUCUGUCACCUUGGGUGUGAUCCUGGUGUGUGUCACAGCUCUGCUGGGCUGUUUAUUCCUCAUCUUCCUCUCCUAUGUCUUCAUCGUGCCUGACAUCUUGAGGAUCCCCUCAGCUGAGGGCAGGCACAAGACCUUCUCCACAUGUGUGUCCCACCACACUGUGGUGGCCGUGCACUAUGGUUUUGCCUCCAUCAUCUGCCUCAAGCCCAAGGGCCCUCCAUCUAUGGACAGUAACACUCUGAUGGCCACCACCUAUACAGUCUUCACCCCCUUUCUUAGCCUAAUCAUCUUCAGCCUCAGGAAUAAGGAGCUGAAGAAUGCCAAAAAAACCUUCUGCCGAAAAUUCUGUCCCUCAGCUCCUGACAGACAGC